AUGGCGACUGUUGAGCAGCUAUCCUGGAUCGGAGCCCUGGACGCACAAGGGAUCACGCCGCAAAACGUACCUGCCGUAGAGAGGUCAGUGAGACUCCAGGGUGGCAAGACUGAGUUUGAAGGUACAGUGGAGGUUUAUUUGAAUGGAAUCUGGGGAAUAAUCUGUGGGAGCCACUGGGACAAUAAUGAUGCAACAGUCAUAUGUCGACAGCUUGCACUUGGUGAAAAAGGUACAGCAAAACACAUACCGUUUUCUGGACUGGGCCCUAUUCCCGUUUACUGGAGUGAAGUGCGUUGUCGUGGCGAUGAAGAAAAUAUCCUGUUGUGCGAAAAAGACAUCUGGCAGGAUGGAACGUGUCCUCAAAACAUGGCAGCUGCUGUCACAUGUAGCUCUUCCCUGGCCCGUGUCCUGACUCCGGUCCGGCUGGCUGGUGGGAGCGACGCUCACGAAGGCAGAGUAGAAGUUUACCACGCUGGCCAGUGGGGCACUGUCUGCGACGAUCAGUGGGACGAUGCAGAUGCUGAAGUUGUCUGUCGGCAGCUUGGCCUCGGGGGUGUUGCCAAGGCGUGGAGCCAGGCUCACUUUGGAGAAGGCUCGGGCCCCGUGCUGCUGGACGAGGUGCGGUGCACGGGAAACGAACUCUCCAUAGAACAGUGCCCAAAAAGCUCCUGGCGAGAACACAACUGCGGCCACAAAGAAGAUGCUGGUGUUUCCUGCACACCGCUCGCAGAUGGUGCACUAAGACUAACAGGAGGGAGAGGCAGUCACGAGGGACACCUGGAGGUCUAUUACGCCGGGCAGUGGGGCACAGUCUGCGAUGACGGGUGGACAGAGCUGAAUACACAGGUGGUUUGCCGGCAGCUGGGAUUUAAGUAUGGAAAAAGCGCACCUGCGAGAUACUCGGGAGGCAGCUCUGGGCCCAUCUGGUUGGAUGAUGUCAGCUGCUCCGGGAAGGAGACAAACCUUCUGCAGUGCUCAAGGCGUGAGUGGGGAAAGCACGACUGCAACCAUCAGGAGGACGUCAGACUCAUUUGCCAUCCAGAUAACGACAGCCAUAAACCCUCCCUUGGUCCUCCCAUCAGGCUGAUGGAUGGUGAGAAUAAGAAGGAAGGACGCGUAGAGGUUUUUAUCAACGGCCAGUGGGGUACCAUUUGUGAUGACGGAUGGUCUGAUAAAGAUGCAGCUGUAGUCUGUCGACAGCUUGGCUACAGAGGUCCGGCUAGAGCAAGGACAAUGGCAUAUUUUGGGGAGGGCAAAGGCCCGAUCCACGUGGAUAACGUGAAGUGCACCGGACACGAGCGGUCCCUGGCAGACUGCAUUAAGCAGGACAUCGGGACGCACAACUGCCGCCACAGCGAGGACGCCGGCGUCAUCUGCGAGCAGCUGAGCAAGAAGAACCUCGGCAACAGCAAUAAAGAUUCUCUUGCUUCUGUUUGUGGAUUGAGGUUACUACAUCGUCGACAAAAGCGAAUAAUUGGUGGGAAGAACUCUUUACGGGGUGGCUGGCCGUGGCAGGUCGCGCUCCGACUGAAGUCAUCUCAUGGUGACGGAAGACUCUUGUGUGGUGCUACUCUGAUCAGCAGCUGCUGGGUCCUCACUGCCGCACACUGCUUUAAAAGGUACGGCAACAACACUCAGAGCUACGCUGUGCGAGUCGGAGACUACCACACGCUGGUACCAGAAGAGUACGAGGAAGAAAUAGGAGUGCAGCAGAUUGUGAUCCAUAAAGAGUACAGGCCUGACAGCAGCGACUACGACAUCGCGCUGGUGCGGCUGCAGGGGCCAGAGGAGCAGUGUGCCAGGUUCAGCACCCACGUCUUACCUGCCUGCUUGCCACUAAGGAGAGAGCGGCCGCACAAAACUGCUCCCAACUGCUACAUCACGGGAUGGGGUGACACAGGAAGGGCUUAUUCGAGAAUGUUACAACAGGCUGCCAUCCCCUUACUUCCCAAGAGGGUAUGCGAAGAGCGUUACAAAAGAAGGUUCACAGGAAGAAUGCUCUGCGCUGGAAACGUCCAGCAACAGAAACGCGUUGACAGCUGUCAAGGGGACAGCGGGGGCCCCCUGAUGUGUGAACGCCCAGGGGAAAGCUGGGCUGUGUACGGCGUCACCUCCUGGGGCUACGGCUGCGGGGUGAAAGAUUCUCCAGGCGUCUACACAAAAGUGUCAUCUUUUGUACCCUGGAUAAAAAGCAUGACCAAACUAUGA